UGACAUCACACAGAAAGGCUUUGAGAAGAAGAGAGCCAAGCUGCUGGCCUCCUGUUUGCCCAAUGCGGAUGUGACCCUGCCAGAUGUGCAGCUUUCUGGGGGCCACAGCGGUGAGCCUACGCCGAGCCCUGAGGCCCCGGGCCCCACCACAUCUUCAGCCUCCAGACAUCAUCGUGCACAUCGGAGUGGAGGGGCCAGAGAUGAGCGCUACAGAUCAGAUAUUCACACAGAAGCUGUGCAGGCAGCGCUAGCUAAACACAAAGAGGAGAAGAUGGCGCUUCCCAUGCCCACCAAGCGACGCUCAGCUUUUGUCCAAUCUCCUGGAGAUGCUUGCACACCCCCAGACACAUCUUCUGCAUCAGAGGAUGAGGGCUCACUGCGAAGGAAGGCCGCCCUCAGCGCGGCACUGGCCCACGGGCUGCAAAGUCCUGAUUACUGGAUCAACCGUUCCGUCCAAAGCUCCUCCACUUCCUCAUCGGCGUCCUCCACCCUCUCCCACGGAGAGCCAAAAAGCCAGUCCCAGCCCCCGCCUCAGCCUGCUGCUUCUCUGCUGGCUGAUGUACUAGCCCUCACGCGCAUCGAGAACAGUGUUCCUCCAGAUGUGACAUCGUCCUCCACUGCCCAGGACAGAGGCUCGAGGAUGGACCUGCCGCCUGCCGUCAGGGGCAUGAGCCGUGGCCAGAGCCGUUCUAGUAUGCUGGAUACUGCUGAUGGAAAGCGAAAAGGUGUGCCUGUCAACAGCAGAGUGUCCACUAAGAUUCAACAGUUACUAAACACGCUCAAGCGCCCUAAAAGACCACCACUCAGUGAAUUCUUCCUCGACGACUCAGAGGAAAUAGUUGAAGUUCCCCAGCCAGACCCCAACACCCCAAAGCCGGAAGGCCGUCAAAUCAUCCCAGUGAAGGGGGAGCCCCUUGGUGUUGUUAGUAACUGGCCUCCUGCCCUGCAAGCAGCCCUUGCCCGCUGGGGGGCCACCCAGGCCAAGAGCCCCGCCCUCACAGCGCUGGACAUCACAGGAAAGCCCCUGUACACUCUCACAUAUGGCAAAUUGUGGAGUCGCAGUCUGAAACUGGCUUACACCCUACUGAAUAAACUGGGCACGAAGACGGAACCUGUGUUAUCACCUGGAGAUCGAGUGGCACUGGUUUACCCAAACAGUGACCCCGGUAUGUUCUGGGUUGCAUUCUAUGGCUGUUUGUUGGCUGAGGUCAUCCCUGUGCCUAUUGAAGUACCACUUUCGAAACAAGAUGCAGGCAGCCAGCAGAUUGGCUUCCUCUUGGGCAGCUGUGGUGUCAGUCUGGCACUGACCAGCGAAGUGUGUCUCAAAGGGCUGCCCAAGACACCAAAUGGAGAGAUCAUCCAGUUCAAAGGAUGGCCAAGAAUGAAAUGGGUUGUGACAGACACCAAGUACCUGACCAAACCUUCCAAAGACUGGCAGCCCCAUAUUCCCACUGCCAACACAGACACGGCUUACAUCGAGUACAAAGCCAGUAAGGAGGGGACCGUGAUGGGAGUGGCUGUGUCCAAGAUCUCCAUGCUGACUCAUUGUCAAGCCCUGACACAGGCUUGCAACUACUGUGAAGGUGAGACUCUGGUCAACGUGCUGGACUGCAAAAAGGACAUGGGCUUGUGGCAUGGUGUCUUAACGAGUGUCAUGAAUAGAAUUCAUACCAUUACUGUGCCGUAUUCCGUCAUGAAAGCCUGUCCCAUGUCCUGGGUGCAGAGGGUGCACAUUCACAAAGCUCGCGUGGCCUUAGUGAAGUGCCGUGACCUUCACUGGGCAAUGAUGGCCCACAAAGAUCAGAGGGACACCAACCUGUCCACCAUACGAAUGCUGAUCGUAGCUGAUGGAGCAAACCCCUGGUCUGUGUCGUCAUGCGAUGCCUUCCUGAAUGUGUUCCAGUCUCACGGUCUAAAGCCAGAGGUGAUCUGUCCAUGUGCCACCUCGCCCGAGGCCUUGACGGUGGCCAUUCGCAGACCUGGGGCACGAGGAGCUCCUCUGCCAGCCAGGGCCAUCCUCUCCAUGGGCGGACUGAGCCACGGUGUGAUCAGAGUGAACACGGAGGACAAGAAUUCGGCUCUCACUGUGCAAGACGUCGGCCACAUUAUGCCUGGAGCUCUGAUGUGCAUCGUGAAACCAGAUGGCUCUCCUCAGAUGUGCAAAACUGACGAAAUAGGAGAGAUUGUGAUCAGCUCCCGAGCGGGGGGCACCAUGUACUACGGUCUUCCUGGGGUCACCAAGAACACUUUUGAGGUGAUCCCUGUCAACCAGUCUGGAGCGCCUCUAGGGGAAGUUCCCUUUACCCGAACUGGUUUGCUUGGAUUUGUUGGCCCAGGCAGUCUGGUAUUCGUUGUGGGCAAGAUUGAGGGGUUGCUGAUGGUGAGUCGGCGACGCCACAACGCCGACGACUUGGUGGCCACCGCUCUCGCCGUGGAGCCUGUCAAAACAGUUUACAGGGGGAGGAUCGCUGUGUUUUCAGUGACUGUUUUUUACGAUGAGAGGAUCGUGAUCGUGGCAGAGCAACGGCCUGAUGCCAGUGAGGAGGACAGCUUCCAGUGGAUGAGUCGAGUCCUACAGGCCAUCGACAGUAUCCACCAGGUGGGUUUAUACUGCCUCGCACUGGUGCCUGCCAAUACCCUUCCAAAGACGCCCCUCGGCGGCAUCCACAUCUGCGAAACCAAGCAGAACUUCCUGGAGGGAAACCUGCACCCUUGCAACAUCCUCAUGUGCCCGCACACCUGCGUCACCAACAUGCCCAAACCACGGCAGAAACAGCCUGUGGAUGUUGGUCCAGCAUCGAUGCUGGUGGGCAACCUAGUGGCAGGGAAACGUAUUGCCCAGGCAAUUGGCAGAGAACUGGGUGUGGUGGAGGACCAGGAUCUGAUUCGAAAGCACCAGUUCUUAUCUGACGCACUGCAGUCGAGAGCCCAGACCGACCCGGACCAUAUUCUCUAUGUGCUGCUAAAUGCAAAGGGGGUGGCAGUGUGCACGGCCACCUGUGCUCAGCUUCACAAGAGGGCGGAGAAAAUCACAGCCACCCUUAUCGAGCGAGGAGGUCUCAACACCGGCGACAACGUGGUGCUGCUUUAUCCCCCAGGCAUUGACCUGAUAGCUGCCUUCUAUGGCUGCCUCUAUGCCGGCGUCAUCCCUGUGACUGUGAGGCCGCCCCACCCACAGAAUCUGGCUGCCACUCUCCCCACUGUCCGCAUGACCAUUGACGUGAGCAAAGCAGCCUGCAUCCUGACCACUCAGCCACUCAUGAGGAUCCUCAGGUCCCGGGAAGCUGCCGCCAGCGUGAAUGUCAAAACAUGGCCCGCCAUCAUCGACACAGAUGAUCUACCCAGAAAGCGGCCACCGCAGAUCUAUAAGCCCCCAACAGCCGAGAUGUUGGCUUACCUGGACUUCAGUGUGUCUACCACAGGCAUGUUAACUGGAGUAAAGAUGUCUCAUGCUGCAGUCAGCACUCUGUGUCGUUCCAUCAAGCUGCAGUGUGAACUCUACUCCUCACGCCAAAUAGCCAUCUGCCUGGACCCAUACUGCGGCCUAGGCUUUGUCCUGUGGUGCCUCUCCAGUGUUUACUCAGGUCACCAGUCAAUCCUCAUCCCUCCCUUGGAGCUGGAGAGCUCACUUCCUCUGUGGCUGAGCACACUCAGUCAGUACAAGAUUCGAGACACCUUCUGCUCCUACUCAGUCAUGGAGCUCUGCACCAAAGGCCUUGGGACCCAGACGGAGCUGCUGAAGGCACGUGGUGUGAAUUUGUCAUGCGUGCGCAGCUGCGUGGUGAUAGCUGAGGAGCGGCCCCGACUUGCUCUCACGCAGUCCUUCUCCAAGCUCUUCAAAGAUGUCGGCCUAUCAUCACGAGCCGUCAGUACCGCUUUCGGCUCCAGGGUCAACCUGGCUGUCUGUAUGCAGGGCACGGCUGGACCAGACCCCUCCACCGUCUACGUUGACAUGAAGUCGUUACGUCAUGACAGGGUGAGGCUGGUGGAACGGGGGGCGCCACAGAGUCUUCCGCUCAUGGAGUCGGGCACUAUUUUACCAGGGGUGCGAGUCAUCAUCGUCAACCCAGAGACCCGAGGACCGCUGGGAGACUCCCACCUCGGCGAGAUCUGGGUGAACAGUCCCCACAGUGCGAGUGGCUACUACACCAUCUACGGCGAGGAGAGUCUGCAGGCGGACCACUUCAACACUAGACUCAGCUUUGGGGAUCCCAACACGCUGUGGGCCAAAACGGGCUACUUGGGCUUCAUCAAGAGAACCGAGCUCCUGGAUGCUAGCGGAGAUCGCCAUGACGCUUUAUUUGUAGUGGGAUCACUGGAUGAGACCCUGGAACUAAGGGGCUUACGUUACCACCCCAUUGACAUUGAGACGUCCGUGUCUCGAGCUCAUCGCAGCAUCGCAGAGAGUGCCGUGUUCACGUGGACCAACCUCCUGGUGGUGGUGGCCGAGCUGAGCGGCUCCGAGCAGGAGGCUUUGGACCUGGUUCCCCUCGUCACCAACGUGGUUCUAGAGGAGCACCACCUCAUCGUGGGCGUCGUGGUCAUCGUGGACCCGGGCGUGAUCCCCAUCAACUCUCGAGGGGAGAAGCAGCGGAUGCACCUGCGCGACUCCUUCCUGGCCGACCAGCUUGACCCCAUCUAUGUGGCCUAUAACAUGUGAUCUGGGGGCGGGGAAGAACGUUACGAGCAAUCAAAGCGGGCUUCCUUCGUUUCGUCAUUGCUCAUCUUUUUUAAUGCCUUGCAUUCUCCCAUUCAUUCAUUGCUUUCCAUGUCAACAAUCCAUCCAGACUUUUAUUUUAUAUUUUUUAUUGUUAUUGUCCCCCCUCGCCCUCAUAAAGGGCACUCACCUCUCAAUAGCAGUGAGGCGCACCGACUGGAGCUACCGAGAAGAGGUGGAACUUUCCUCCUCCCCCUCGCACUUUAAGUCCUCGCACCUCGGAGUCCACUUCUGUCCGGCCUGGCUCAAAGGGAACACGCUCUCCCUUCCAUAUUUGCUGCCGUCCCAGGGGCAAACCUCCGCUUCAGUAUUAACAGAUGCCGCCAACAGGGGGUGUCCUGGUAUGUGCACGAUGGGAGCGCAUGUUCCAAAAAAACGUCCUGAAAAUGCACUUGAAUGGCAGUCAGGAGAGUUAAGAUGAGGGCUAAUUGCUUUGUGACCAUUUAGCUGCUCUUUUUCAUGUCCUAUCACGACAAAAAAAUAGAAAAAAGAAUCGUCUUCUGCCGCAGCCCGCCGACAGCGGCCCACACAACAUUGAAUUAAUAAUUGAACAGGGUUUUCAUUUGACAGCACAAAUUGGGGAGUGGGGGGAGGGGGAGAUUCCUGCACAAUUCUUGCACAAAGGAGCCUUUAGUAGGGCAGCCCGCUGCAUGUUAAGGCCGCACCCACACGGAUAUUGACAAAAUUAGAUGCCAUUAAAGUUUUUUUGCACUUCCACCCAAUUCAAAGCAAUGUCCAGGUGUCUAAAUAACAUUCCAGUGAAAUGCUUUCGUCAAAAUAUCCCAGUCUUCAAGAAUUAGGUCACACUAUACCCACCUUCAUUUUUUUUUUCCCCCCUCGCUGAAAUUAACCUGUUUUCAAGGUCCUGUCUCGUGGAAGUGAGCCACAGCUGCCGCUCCCCUCUUUAUUGCUGGGUCAAUCGAUUCGCAUCUUUGUGACCACAAUGACCAGGGGCGGCGCUUAUGCACUGUGACAAGAUGAGCGGCUUUUUGUUUUCAAAGAGAAAAGCGAGCCUUCAUGAAGAAGUAAAAGCGUCAUUUGUGUUUUCACCGGUGGAGGUAGCCCUUCAUCACCAAGCUGUCAAAUUACAUUUGUCAAUUAGUAUAGUAGAUCUGUGCAUAUGGUGCAUGCAGCGGACAAAUGUACAAACACAAAUGUACCCCUCCUCUGUGUCAGCCACUUAGCUGAAAUUUUGAGUAAGUGCCAGUUAGCCAGUUAACGUGAACUAAUGCUCAUCUGCAGCACUGCUUACCUUUUGGCUUGACACGGUAGUGCUUCUGUGUAGUUAGUCCAUCAGUGGCUCAAAACUGGUGGAUCUUCAGAGAGCCUAGCUCCCCAGUCAUGGGAGGAGAGACUCAUUGUGGGAACGGAAUUAUGCAAAUUAGCUGCACUGAUAGGUCACAACCCCUCGAAGUUUAAAAGGGCUUGCUCACCGACACAUUUUGGAAAACAGGCAGCUAACAAAAGAUUUACUUGGUUGUUUAAUUUCAGACUUGAUAGGUGCGUGGUGGUUAUAUAUUGUCAAAAAUCCUGGGGCAAGGAAAAUGUACUUUUUGUUUGUUUGUUUUUUAAUAUCCAUGUAUGUGUGGACCUUAAUGGCUCACGCUUGGCGUGGCGCACUCUCGAGCGCGGCUUCUCAACUGGUCUCCUGUUGAUGUCUAAUCUGAGCACAUUUAUAUUUCAGUUGAAAUAGCCUUGAAAUAUCUGACAUGACAUCCUUCAUAACAAAAAAAAAAAUACAGGAUGUCUAGAAGCAUGGGAAAGGCACGUUCCACACCAUUUAUUGAGGACAGUCAAAUUGCACUAAUCAAGGAGAAACACGGCAAUUGCAUGAAUUAAAAGUUACUACCGCAAAAAAAAAAAAAAAAGACCCACACAUGACUGUACUGCACAUCAAAUGACUUUUAAUACUUGGUGUCCUUAAAAAAA